AUGCAGUUUUCUGUCGAUAGGCGCCGCUAUGGAUCUCUCGCUUACAGUGAGCACAUCGAGAACCAGCACAUGCACAUCACCUUCGAUGGAGGCAGCUUUGAGGCCUCGUCAUCUACCUUCACCUACAGCAGACAGGGCGCCUUCAACAUCUCUGCCCCAGCGUCAGGAAGCUCACGGCUGUGGAUUGGAGGGGAAGUGUCAUCUCCCUUUGGUGCUGGAUCGUCUGCCCGUAAAGCUCCUUCUUCAGACGAACUCUUUAGAAAGAUGAAUGCCGUGACUGAGAAGCUUCGUCGUGAACAAGGAUGGCCUAGUUCUAAAGGAGACGAACAUGAUUUCUCGAAACUCGUCAAGGCACACAAACCAAUGUCAAACUCUGAUAAGCAAAAAUGCAUUGAUUACAGAAACCGCAUCUGUCAUCAACAAACACUGACAGAUGACGAGAGCCGCGAGUUUGAUGACCUUCUCAACCGCCUGUUGUGGACUUAG